AUGCGUUUCUUCUUGAUUUCUUCUUUCACAGGCAGUGAAGGUUCUGGAGAAACCAUUCAAAAGGAAACAUCCACCUGUGACAUUUGCCAAUUCGGGGCAGAGUGCGAUGAAGAUGCAGAAGAUGUUUGGUAUGGUAACAUGCAUUCAUUAUCGAUUUAUUUGUCUUGAAAAGCUUGAUUUCCCCUCAUAAUUCUUUUUCUUCCAAAUUCCUCUCCUUGAAAUGUAGCUAAGGUUGUACUGUUUCAGUUGUGGUGAAAAACUCAAAUGUGUUUCUUGAGUAUAACAGACUCCAAAAAGUUCUUUUGUUUUUUAAAAAAAGAGAAUGCAGAGAUAGAAACAAAUUUCUCCCACUCACACCUGAAAUCUGAUUAUUUAUCAUUCAUUUACACUGUUUUAAUGGGAUGAGGCUGCAAGCUUCAAACAGCGCUGAGGCUGGAGUUGGACAGCGAUUGUUAAAGAGAGUUGAAGGUGGUACGAUAAAAGUCAUCAUUUCACAUUUCCUUUUCACCUUUUCAGCCUCCAGUCAAACAGGUUAAGCGGGUUUUUCACGCACUCCGAGCUAUUUAAAGCGGAUUAUCUUCUGUCUUUAGCCUUCCCUUAUAAAAGUGGCUAAGAGGGCAUUUAGACAUGGAUAAUAUUACUUUAGUUUUCCAGAUUAUAAUAUUACCUUAGUUUUCCACGUUGUUCUGUUCCUUUCACACUGCGGUAACUGUUGUGUUAUGAAACGGCAGCUUUUUGAUACUGGCAUAUCACACUAAAUUUCUUUCACACCAGUGGGCAUGGUGUGACACAACAAGGAGCAUUGUUGGACAAUGUUACAAUGUUGCUACUCCCUCACCCUUUCCACACAUCUGUGCUUCUGUUCCCCUAUGGAAACAGCUUAAAGUUAAAUAAUUAUCUAGGGGAUAAGGGUUCAUCAGGAAAGACCUGGUUAUGUUUAGAAUGAUACUGCAUAGGGAAAUGUUCCCUGAUACCAAGAUGAGGGAUUCUAUGGAAUGCAGAUAGAGAGAAUUGAUAAGAAUAAUGAUCUGUUGUGACCUUGACGGAAGCGUACAAUAGAUCGGCCUUCUUGUGUUUUGGCUCAUCUUCCUCUCUUUUUUCUUUUUUUCUCUCUUUUUUUCUUCUUUUCCUCCUCCUCCCCCUUUUCUUUUUUCUUUUUUCUUUCCCAUAAUGGCUUAUGUUCUAUGCCAUGUACUUAGAAUUUUUUGUAUUUUUUGAGCUUUUUUCACCAUCAUUAUUAUUAAGGAAUUUUCUUUUGUAAUUUUGAUUGUCUAUAUUUAUUUCUAUUUGUUUAAAGCAAAAUAAAAGUAUUUUUGAAAAAGAAAACAGCUAGAAAGAACUGUGUGCCAGUAUACUGCCCCAAAUGUUGUCCCGUCAUUCCCGCAAUUUUUGGGGUUGCUGUGGGGUGGGGAGAGAUGCAAACAGAUUUUCUCUGCAAUCGGUUAAUAUGGAAAUGAGGGGGCAGGGGGCGGGAAGAGAGCGAGAGAAAGUGGUGCAGUAGUGGUGGGCAUCAAAAGCUGGCAUCAGCCCUGCUCCCAUAGUGACAAUCACUGUGAGACUACAGGAAUGAAUGCCCCAGACUCAUCCCUCUACCACAGUGUUUCUCAACCUGUGGGUCUCCAGAUAUUGUUGGACUACAACUCCCAUCAUUCCUAGGAAGCAUGACCAGUGGUCAGGGAUGAUGGGAGUUGUAGUCCAACAACAUCUGGGGACCCAUGGGUUGAGAACCGCCUUGGAUGCUGGGGGAGAAAGGCAAGCCAGAUGUUCCCAGCAGAUGUAGCUGGGCUGUUAAUGAUUUCGAAGAACAAAUAACAUUAUUCUGAUUGGGUACAGUCUGCUCCUUUCUGCAGCCUCCCCUUCCCCCAUUCAAACCCUUCUCUGUGUCUGCUGCCAAAUCCCGCUCGGCAAAAUGAAUACUCACUGCUGUUGUCGCUAUUAAUUAUAAUUGCCUUACUUUGAUACAUUUUGCUGCAUUAGCCACUCGGAGUGCAGGACUCUUGACAUUCACGUUUGCAUGGUGGUGCAGACAGGAGCUUGUUUAGUUGCAGAAGAGAAGAAAGAGCACCCUAUUAUAGGAAAAAAGGAAGGAGGGUUGUGUGGGUCAACCAGACCUUCUGUAGUUUGUACAUUCUACUCUGGUUGUGGGAUGUAGUGAUGAGAUGGGCCUUUCCACAGUUCAGCCUCCAUCCAGUCCAAAAUGAGCCUUCUCCAAGAGUCUCUGAUGUACCCUUUUUGGUGCCUGCUGAAAACAUUUUUGUUUAGACAGGCCUACCCAGAUACAGGUGGCGCUGUGGUCUAAACCACUGAGCCUCUUGGGCUUGCCAGUCAGAAGGUUGGCGGUUCAAAUCCCCAUGACGGGGUGAGCUCCCAUUGCUCUGUCCCAGCUCCUGCCAACCUAGCAGUUCGAAAGCACACCAGUGCAAGUAGAUAAAUACUUGCAUAAUCGGCCUAAAAGCGAGAUGAGCGCCACAACCCCAUAGUCACCUUGAACUGGACUUAACCAUCCAGGGCUCCUUUACCUUUUACCUACCCAGAUAUUUAGAAAGUCAGUGUGAGUUUUAACCUGUUUUUAGUUUUCUGCUAUCUUAACUUUUUGAAAGUCUAAAAUUAUUGUUGAUCAUUCCUCUUAUUGAUAAUGUUGCUGCUUUUUUUUUUCUGUGAACCACUUUGAGCUCUCUCUCUUUUUACACUCGAGCAGCGUAUAAUUUUAAUGAAAUAAAUCAAUAAAAAUAAAUGGCAUGGAGCAUAGGAAGAACCCAUCUAAGCCAACAUUGUCUUCUUGUGAUGGCUAACCCAAAUGCCUAUGGGAAGCCCAUAAGUGGGACUUGACAGCACCCUUCUCUCAUGUGUUUCCCUUGUCUUUGGAGGCACACUGCUUCCAACAGAGGAGAGAAAAACAUAGCCAUUGAAAACUUGUAGGCAUUGAUAGCCUUAUCCUCCAUGAAUCUCCAAGAAAUGGAGGACGGGAUAAUACCCCCCUGCUGCCUAAAGGGAGAGAAAUCACAUGAACCAGGUGGCUACUCAAUUGAGCAAUCAGUUCUUACUGUGAAAAUUAUCUGGGGUGCUCUGUUACCUGUAUCGACUAGCUGUUUCUCGAAAGGAGUGUUUCAAACGUAAACUGAAUUUAAAAACUGGGAAGAAUAAGUUACUUCAAUCUUUCAGUGCAUCGCCCCUACCCCAUGCCACCCAAAAUUGCAAUAAUUUCCAUGAAGACUUUACUAUGUGAAGGGAUAGUAUACUUAGUGUAUGCUUUUUGUGGCAAACCUGGGUUUGCUUCUAUGGAAUGGGUUUGCUUCUAUAAAAUGAGGGUGCCUGGCUUACUAGAAAUACAUGUGAAAAGGAUCUAGGGGUCUUGGUGGGCUCCAAGAUUAAGAUGAGUCAACAGUGUGAUGCAGCAGGAAAGAAAAGGGUACAGUGGGACCUUGUAUUUCGAGCAUCUCGGAAGCCAAACAAUUUGGAACCUGAAUUCUGAAAACCCUGAUGUAAUUGCUUCCAUUUUCGAAUGCGCCUCUGAAGCCGAGGCAUGUUUUUCAUUUUCCCUCAUUGACUUCACAGCCAGCCCAUUGAUCUUCGGUUUUUGAACAUUCUGGAAGUCGAAUGGUCUUCCAGAACUGAUUACGUACAAAAACCGAGGCUCCACUGUAAUGCUAUAGGGUCCAGAUCAAGGGAAGGAACAGUACUGCUCUAUUCUGCCUUGGUCAGACCACACCUGGAGUACUGUGUCCAGUUCUGGGCACCACAAUUUAAGAAGGAUGUUGACAAACUGGAACAUGUGCAGAGGAGGGCAACCGAGAUGAUCAGGGGUCUGGAAACCAAGCCUUAUGAGGAGUGCUUGAAGGAGCUGGGUAUGUUUAGCCUGGAAAAGAGGAGACUGAGAGGAGAUAUGAUAGCCAUCUUCAAAUAUCUCAAGGGCUGUCAUGUGGAAGCGGGAACAAGCUUCUCUCUCCUGCUGUGGAGGGUAGGCCUCGAACCAAUGGUUUCAAGUUACAAGAAAGGAGAUUCCGACAAAACAUCAGGAAUAACUUUCUGACAGUAAGAACUCUUUGACAGGGCAACAGAUUCCCGCAGGAGGCUGUGAACUCUCCUUACUUGGAGGUUUUUAAGCAGAGACUGGAUGGCCAUCUGUCAUGGAUGUUUUAGCUGAAAUUCCUGCAUUGCUGGGGGUUGGACUAGAUGACUCUUGGCUUCCCUUCCAUCUCUACAAUUCUAUGAUUCUAAGUGGCCCUUAACAAUAUUCCAUGUUUCCACUCUGAUUCCGUACUGGAAGCAGUAACUCCAAGCUGCAGAGGAUUAGCACAUUUUCCUUACUUCUUUUUCAAAAUGUGAAUAUGUGUGUAUGUGUGUGGGAAGGCGCCCACCCAGCCAUGCACACCCACGGUUUAGCAUUCCAUUAGUGACGAUCCUUCACUCUGUUAAAAAACAAAGGCUAUUCAGUUUAAAGUCUUUAACGUCUUGCUUCUUUUAAUCUGCAAAAGCUCCUUGUCUCCAAAAGAGGAUCAUAUAUUACUGGCAUUAUUCCUACCUUUAAUGCAUUUUGCACCAGAGUAGGCUUCAUGAAUAUUUGAAGCAAGCCAGUGGCUGUGCCCAUUUAUUAAGCUCUCGAUUGCGAUCUAUCGGUAAAUCGGGCAUUCACUUGUCGCUCGCUUUGGGGCUUUAUUUCUGAGCUUGCUAAGAAAACAAUUGACUCGGGAUGACAGGGAGUGAUUCAUUGUAACGCCCCUGAUAAAAGCACACAUGCACAAAAAGGCAAGAGGAGCAUUAAGGCUUUGAGCAGGGAGGCGCAUUUCAGAGAUCAUCCCUUCACAUGUGCAUGUACAGACACACACACACUCUCUCUCAAUUUUUAAAGCAUCUCAGAGCUCUCAGGGAGGGUAUAAAUAGAACAUAUCAAAGGGAGAGCCCUUUCAUUUUGCAAAGUGGCUUAAUGUCAGCUCAUGAGCGUGUCAAAAAGUCCUAGACUUGUUUUGUUACAGGUCAACAAGAGUGGAAGCUCUUCUUCCUCUGGACUACUUGUAAUCUAUAAAGAUGGCAGAAGCUCUUCAGAGUUGAAGUAGCUUGAUAUAACACAUGAAAAUGCUCUUUUAUUUAAAGGGAAAAUGAGAGAAGUUGGUGUUAUCUUCAGAUAAAGGUUAACCUUUUGAAAAACCUCCCCUUUCUAGCAUAUGCAGAAGGAUCAAAAACUUGCAGUCCUUUUGCAUUCAUAAUUACUGUGUGAUCUGUUACUUUUUUUAAAAAAGGAGAGUUUGAGUGCUACAGCAAAGAAUACUUAUUAUUCUUAUUAUAUAUGAAUAUGGAAUUUGUAAUUAUGUCAGCUACUAAAGUAAGUGUUGAUAGCUUUGCGUUAGCGUGCUGUCAGCUGUCUGCACUCACAUUUUGUGGCUUCCAAGCUUCUGCUUAUUUGCAGAAGAAUAAAUACAUAUCUUCUCUUUUUAAGUUGCAUCCUUUCUUUUAAGGUAUUAUUAAUUAAUUAAUUGAUUGAUUGAUUGAUUGAUUGAUGCCCUGCCCAUCUGGCUGAGUUUCCCCAGCCACUCUGGGGAAUUUUAAUGAAUAUUGGGAAUAUUAAUGAAUGACAAUAUCAGCAUCGUAGCUGAUGUCACUUGAACUCUUGGUACACGUGGCAAUUUGAUGUGCAUAACCUUCCUUGGAACCUUGGAGCAUUGGGGCUUUUGUUUGCAUUUUGUUUUUGGAAUGGAAAUAAAUAAACAUCACUCUUAACAAAUCCCCAUUUGGCCAUAAUGCUCACUGGGUGACCUUGGGCCAGUCACUGCCUCUCAACCUACCUCACUGGGUUUUUGUGGGGAUUGAAUGAGGAGGAGAGAGAAACACGAACAUGUAUCAGUGCUAUUUUUCUAGAAGCAGAGGUACCAAAACUCACCACUGAGGCCUCCCUUGUUCUCUUUUUAUGGCUAUGACGCCCACGUGAGAGAAGUUGGAAUUGAAUUCCCGCAAGUUCUGGUUGGGAAAAAUAGCCCUGCAUGUACUCCACCUUCAAGCUUCUUGGAGAACAGGAUGAGACAUAAAUGAAAUAGAUAAAUUGAUAAAUUGUUGUUGUUGUUUAGUCGUUUAGUCGUGUCCGACUCUUCAUGACCCCAUGGACCAGAGCAUGCCAGGCACUCCUGUCCUCCACUGCCUUACGCAGUUUCGUCAAAUUCAUGCUGGUAGCUUCGAGAACACUGUCCAACCAUCUCGUCCUCUGUCGUUCCCUUCUCCUUGUGCCCUCAAUCUUUCCCAAUAUCAGGGUCUUUUCCAGGGAGACUUCUCUUCUCAUGAGGUGGCCAAAGUAUUGGAGCCUCAGCUUCAGGAUCUGUCCUUCCAGUGAGCACUCAGGGCUGAUUUCCUUCAGAAUGGAGAGGUUUGAUCUUCUUGCAGUCCAUGGGACUCUCAAGAGUCUCCUCCAGCACCAUAAUUCAAAAGCAUCCAUUCUUUGGCAAUCAGCCUUCUUUAUGGUCCAGCUCUCACUUCCAUACAUCACUACUGGGAAAACCAUAGCUUUAAUUAUACGGACCUUUGUUGGCAAGGUGACGUCUCUGCUUUUUAAGAUGCUGUCUAGGUUUGUCAUUGCUUUUCUCCCAAGAAGCAGGCGUCUUUUAAUUUUGUGACUGCUGUCACCAUCUGCAGUGAUCAUGGAGCCCAAGAAAGUAAAAUCUCUCACUGCCUCCAUUUUGAUAAAUUGAUAAAUAGGCUACUUCAAAUUCCUUUCCUGGAGAGCAACCAGCAGAAUAACAACAACAAACCAGUGAAUGAUUAGGGGUGUGGGGCAGCAGGGCACAAUAUGAAGCUAAAUUAAUGACUGCACAGCACCUGGAGAUACAGCUGAAUUUGAAACCCCCACCUCACCCCCAAGUCACUUUGUGCUAACAUGGCUAUUUUGAAUGCAAACAUUAUUCCACUUAGAGCCACUCCCAUCCACCACCGGGAUGCGUAUGUAACCAAACGGCCAUUCCUUAACCUCAUAUUUCUUCUCUAAUUGCAGGUAUACGUUAUAUGCAAAUUCUACAGCAUGCCAGUGCAGUAAGUGAAAGCCCACAUCAAUACCCUCAAACCAAAUUCUCAUGCAAAUAAACUCCAUUAUAAGAGCGUGGAAGUCUGUACAAAUCAUGCUGCUGUCAGCAGCAACUACCCUAAAAUCAAUAUUGCUCGAGCCAAUCGAUAUUUAUCUUUAUUAUGGCCAAAUAUAUCCCAAAAUAAAGCAAGGGAAACAUGCAAAGAAAAUGGGUAUCUGAUUUUUGCCAGCUUCUCAAUCCAUGCGUCAAUUAGAUUGGAAGAGCGGUUCUGUAUCUGCUCGUUUUAGCCAGAGCAUCUGAACAUGAUGAUGUAAUCCUGAGAUUGGUGUGCAAAAGCUCUAAGAGGCAGCUUGAAAGCUCAAGUACACCACACAGGAAAUGACUGUUUACUAAUGUUCAACAAGGUGCACAAAAACUAUGUGACCUACUUGCGCUAGAUUCUAAAGAAUCUAGCUAUGGAAGCAUUCAGUGAUGUCCUGCAAUUGGUAUAGCUCUAAGGGCAAAUUUAUAAUCCAUUAAAGACCUUUUUUUCCCCUUACUUUACAGACUCAAAACAGAAAUAGAUAGUUGCAAUACAGUAGUUUCUGUUCUGCUUCUCCCUUCCUUCAAAUUGGAGCAGGGGAACAACAGACCCUCCAGAUGUUGUUGAAUUCCCACCCUCCUUAACCCAGCUGGAAGGGCACAGCUUUCUCGCCCCUGAUUUAAGUAGUGGAGCUGCUUGAUUAGUACUUUUGCUAGAUUUGGUUUCAUGCUUGGUUUUGGAACAAAUCCAGAAUGGCAGUCAAGUCAUGUGCUUGCUCAGAAGUGCAGGGAAUGGUAGACCAGUUGAGGACUUGCUCUGUUGCACCUCAUAAAGUUCUGGACUUCUUCCCCACAGAGGUGUAUCUUGCUGCUUCAUGGUAUAACUUUGGGCAUAGGCUGAAGAAACCCCUCUUUACCCUUGUCUUUGAUGAUAGAUAGAUGAUAUAGAUGAUAGAUAGAUAGAUAGAUGAUAGAUAGAUAGAUGACAGAUGAUAGAUGAUAGAGAUAGAUGAUAGAUAGAUAGAUAGAUAGAUGAUAGAUAGAUAGAUAGAUAGAUAGAUAGAUAGAUAGAUAGAUGAUAGAUAGAUAGAUAGAUAGAUAGAUAGAUAGAUAGAUAGAUAGAUAGAUGAUAGAUAGAUAGAUGAUAGAUAGAUAGAUGAUAGAUAUUUAGGACUCACACUAGUCUUCUGAUUGUAAUUUUUUAAAUUUGAUUUUAGUACGGUGGUACCUCAGUUUACAAACUUAAUCCAUUCCGGAAGUCUGUUCUUAGAACAAAACUAUUCUUAAACCGAGUUGCGUUUUCCCUAAUGAGGCCUCCCACCGCUGGUACCCUUCCACCGUUCGGAUUCCAUUCUUAGACCGAGGUAAAGUUCUCAAACCAAAUCGUUCUUAAACUGGACGGGAUUUAAAACCGAGGUACCACUGUAUUGAUUUUUCAUAUUGUUGUCAUUGCAGAUAUUAAUAUAUCUUGAAGCAACUGGGUGCAUAAAAACUGGCCAUUAAUCAAUCAAUCAGUUUAUUGUGGUCCACCAGCAGACCCCUUUUGGAAUGAAAUAUUGUCCAGACCCACGGGAUAUUAUUCAAAACUUUACUUGCAGAACUUUCUUCAAAACAGAACAAAAGCAUCAAAGAUACAUCCAAAUAAUGCCAUACAAUAUCUUCUGCUGUCCAGCACAGGCUCAGCAUCUUAGAAAUAAACGUACUUCCAAACAGACCUAUAAGCAAAGGUCUCUCUCUCUCCUUACAGCCUCCAUUUUUCCUGGAGCUGUGUCACUCUCUUCAGGAGAGUCAUUUACACAUCCUUAUUCCCACAGAGCCUGGGAACAAAGAUUUAACCACCACCCUUCCAGGAAGGUAAAUUUGCAAUUCAAUAGCUCGUAUGCUCUUAUGCAAUCCAAUGUUAAACACUCGCCUGUUAGCUACUAGAGAAUAACAACAGUUAAUCAUCAACCCAUCUAGGAGCUCAGAGAGCCCUUUCUGCUGUUCUUUAGCUUCAAUGGAAUAUUCUGGUUAAAACCCUUCAGUGAUACACAUAGCCGUUCUCUAUUUCAGUCUCAGUUGAACAAUUAUACAGUUGUGAUCCACCCUGGAAUCUUAUGAUGAGUAAGAAAUUCAGGAAAUAAUAAAAUAACAUUCACCCAAGAAUGCUUCUGCGUGCACAAUUUCUAUGAGCAAACGGACACAGCAAAUCUUUCUGGCAGCAAACAUCCCCUCAGUGUUAAGAAGCAAGUAUGCAUGCCGAACAACACUUCUGCUUCCAUGUUCCCUGUACUGUUUGCGUCAAAAGAUGUUAAUAUUCUUGAAUUAAGAGUGAUGGGCUCUCUCUUCAUUUUUAACAGAAUGCUGCAAGGAUGUGCUUAUCUGGGGUGGGGUGGGGGUUGUGUGUCGUGUCUGUGUGCUUUUCGAAAACAAAGUGGAUUACUGCAGGGCCUUUUUUCAGCCAGAACUCGCCAGAAUUCUGUUGUGGCACCUCUCAAGUGUGCGCCAUUGCUAUUCUAAGAGAACGAGGGAAGUGUUCGUGGUGAGUUCUGGCACCCGUUUUCCUAGAAAGCUAGCACUGGAUGGGUGGCUGAUUUGCCAUAUUUCACUCCUUUAUGGGUAUUAGGUAUCUUGCAUUGGCUGGUACUUGCUCCCCACUCCUGCCAUAAAAUCAAAGGGCAGAGUUUGCAUGCUGGGUGAACUCAGCAAAAUACCACUACAUUAUUAUAUAACUCCCCGUGUUUAAGAGAGCUUUCUUUGCAUGCUUGGGAAAGUACCCAUAAAGGAUAAUAUGAUAAUGCACAUCAAAUAUUAAUGUGCAUUGACACCUAAUCUUCUGUGUACAUCAGGGCAUUACAGCAUGAACGAACAUGGGUAGGCGCUUUGGACUGGACUAUUUGGGGGCGGGGAGAAACCUUUCAUCAUCCCCCCCCCUUUGUCUGCCUGCGCACAAAAUAUACGGAAAUAAAGUAUCCUCCCACACACAUCCCCAUCAGCUUAUACAUUUCGCUGAAGUCAUGCCCUAGUAGUAAAAUGACUGGUGCCUUGAUGACGGCCUAUUUAGCCGCAAUAAAAAGCCGAUUGGCUUAAUGUGCAAUCAAAAAAGGGGUGACAUUUAUUGCUUCAGUUUUAUGACGCCGUGAACCGAGUGAGUUUUUGAGCCUUACAGUGCCUUCAGGGGGCACGGGGAUCACCAGCAAUGCAUCUUAUUUAUACCAUUUCCAAUUUCCAACUAGCAUUUUAGCAAUAAAUAGAUUGUGUUGGUAUUGAGUUUCAUGUAAGUAUGUUUAAGAAAGCAAGAGCACGAUUUUGUAGGUCAGAAAUCUGGGCGCGGGCGAGACGGAUCAGUAGAGAUGUUAACACUCUGCUUAGCCUCUCUGCUUCCCAGCUGCUGCAAAUAGCCAAUUCGCAUCUACAUACCCUUUGCCUUGUCCUUCUGUGCCUCCUGCCAAUCUAAAUGUUGUACAAUGCUCGGAUAUCACUAACAACCACAAUGCCAUUCACAAAUAUAAAGAAACUAGCUCAGGGGGGACUGGCAAAGUCGGCAAGCUGUAUUAAGGACCUUCUUCCCCUUUCACCUGUUGUGGCAGUAAGGGGGGAGAAUGAGGAGGUCCUCUCUGCUCCACCUUCCACCUCUCAGGUCACUGCUGGUACUCAGGAGAGCCUGUGUGGUGUAGUGGUUAAGAGCGAUAGACUCGUAAUCUGGUGAACCGGGUUCGCUUCCCCGCUCCUCCACAUGCAGCUGCUGGGUGACCUUGGGCUAGUCACACUUCUUUGAAGUCUCUCAGCCCCACUCACCUCACAGAGUGUUUGUUGUGGGGGAGGAAGGGAAGGGAGAAUGUUAGUCACUUUGAGACUCCUUCAGGUAGUGAUAAAGCAGGAUAUCAAAUCCAAACUCUUCUUCUUCUUCUUCUUCUUCUUCUUCUUCUUCUUCUUCAGGAAGCAAGGUAAAGAAGCAAAGAACAGGGUUUGCCUUCAGUGCACUUAGCAAUGUGUCACUCUUUCCAAUUUAUGCAUAGCUCUCCCUUGUAUUUUGGUCACAUUGAAUUCUUAUCAUUAUCAUUAUCAUCAUCAUCAUUAUGCCCUGCUCAUCUGGCUGGGCUGCCCCAAUCACUCUGGGCAGCUUCCAACAGAUAAAUAAUAAUAAAAUAUUGAACAUUAAAAACUUCCCGAUACUGGGCUGCCUUCAGAUGUUGUCUAAAAGUUCUGUAGUUCUUUAUCUCCUUGACAUCUGAUGGGAGAGCGCCACUGCUGAGAAGGCCCUCUGCCUGGUUCCCUAUAACUUCACUUCUCUCAGUGAGGGAACCGCCAAAAGGCUCUCAGAGCUGGACCUCAGUGUCCAGGCUGAACGACGGGGUGGUGUAUGUAUUGGGCCCCCAAUGAAAUCACUUAACAUCUUAACAACCUUAAACCCCUAUGUAUCUCACAUAGGUUCAUACACAAGCAAUUCCAGAUUGUGAGUCUGAGCUUUGUGAGGCAUAUUUUAAAAUUCUCCUUUGCUAUUUGGAAUCCCAAAAUUCUCUCAUACCUGUGGUGAUAGAUAGAUGAUAGAUAGAUGAUAGAUAGAUAGAUGAUAGAUAGAUAGAUAGAUGAUAGAUAGAUAUAGAUGAUAGAUAGAUAGAUAGAUAGAUAGAUAGAUAGAUAGAUAGAUGAUAGAUAGAUAGAUAGAUGAUAGAUAGAUAGAUAGAUAGAUAGAUAGAUAGAUGAUAGAUAGAUGAUAGAGAUAUAGACAGAUGAGAGGGAGAGAAUAUAGGUACAGUGGUACCUCGGGUUAAGAACUUAAUUCAUUCUGGAGGUCCAUUGUUAACCUGAAACUGUUCUUAACCUGAGGUACCACUUUAGCUAAUGGGGCCUCCCGCUGCCACCGCACUGCCAGAGCACGAUUUCUUUUUUUUUUUUUUAUAAAAUAUUUAUUGGUUUUACAAAAAAAAUUUCCAAAGAAAAUACAAAAUUACAAAAGUUCAACAAACAAAAAACAACAAUAACCAUGACAAAAAACAAACAGAAAUAACAGUAUCCAUAACAAAAAAAGAAAAAGAAAAAAAGGGAAAAGAGACAAAGAAAUUCAAAAAAUAUUAUACUUUCAUUUAUCCUUCUUAUCUUUACCUGGUUCUUUGACUUCCCCGCACCUCCCCGCUUGUAUUUCCAUUUAAAAACUCCUUUCAGCAAAUCCUUACCCUCCUUUCAUUAUCUUAACUCAGAAAACUUAAUCUAUUUAUAUAUAAAUAUUUUUACAACCUUAUCAGUCAAAUAUUCCAUACUCUUAAUCCCAAGGCUUUGCCAAUACCAGUUAUUUUCAAUCAGACUUCAAUUUAACAUUCAUUGAUUUUAUAGUAUUUCUGUAAAUAGACUUUAAAUUUCUUCCAAUCUUCUUCCACCGACUCUUCUCCCUGGUCACGGAUUCUGCCAGUCAUCACCAGAGCACGAUUUCUGUUCUCAUCCUGAAGCAAAGUUCUUAACCUGAGGUGCUAUUUCUUGGUUAGCGGAGUCUGUAACCUGAAGCGUCUGUAACCUGAAGCGUCUGUAACCCGAGCAAGAAAGAAAGAAAGAAAGAAAGAAAGAAAGAAAGAAAGAAAGAAAGAAAAUGAGGUACUGUUAUUAGAGGCAUGGGAAUAUUCCACCAUUGCUCUAAGGAGUGGUGUACAUUUCAAGCUGGGAAGGUAGCCCAUCUAAGAGAAGAAAAACUCUGAUCCUAAACUUCCACUGCCUUGUGGGAUACCUUUGGAAGAAGAAAAAGCCAAGGAGUAAACCCAACACAAGUCCCUUAAGACACUUGGUUGGUGCCUUGUACACCUCCUUCCAUCAACUCCUGCAGCCAAGCUGUUGACAAAUGUAUUGCUCUGCUUUCCUUUGGACCACAUCAGUGAGGCCAAGAGGGGAGUCUUGCCACCUGGGCAGCCCUGGACCUCCAUACACACUGCCUGGACUUGUUCCCCAAGGAGGUCACUUUGGUGUUACUAAUGCUGUGGUUUGGCUUCACCUCCGGAGGUUCACUCUAUUGUCUCUCAAGACAGACAGAUUCCUACAGGUGUACAUUACACACGCAUCAUUAUCAAAACCGCAACCUUGAGAGGUCGUUUCAGUUACCUUCAUGGUUGAUGGUUGAGCAGGGGAAUUGAACCUGGGUUUUCUUGAUCUGAAGCUAUAACCACUAUACCACACUGGCUGUCGCAUAACGUGAACCACAAAGCAAAUUACUGCGCCAAAGGAUCAGAACCACGAAGAAAUAACAGCACAUAAAGAUCUUAACAAAACAAGAAUGUCAACCGGUUAUGACUCUUGAGGGACUAGAUCAAAUCAGUAUGAUCCUUAGACCGCAUUUGCUCAGACAGGAUAAUAACUAUGUUGUUGCAUUUCCUGAGUGCUGUCCUUCACAGUGACAUUGCUGGUUUAUAAUCCAUGCAGCACUCAUAUUCAUGCAUGAUUCCUCUAUUAACCGGUUUAACUUGUUUUACGGCAGUAACUGGGUCUCUGCUGUGUCCAUUGUCUUGCUUUCUGAGUAAGCAUUUUCACAUGAGACAAGAGAUCCUAAAGAAAACCAUAGACCAUUGCUUAUGACAGGGGUAGCACAAGCGGUGGUCUCUGGUUGCUGAUGGAACCCGGAGUCCAUCAACCCCAGUCAACAUGAUGAAAGUUGCAGUUUAACAUCGGCAGAAAACCACAUUGGGUGCCGUGCCCCAGGAUUAGAACAGCAAAGCAGUCCUAAUCUCAUGAUCUCUGACACAACAUCCUCCUCUCUGGUCCCUCAAGCUACCCUGCUACAUCUUGGUACUGGAGAAUGCUGCUGGGUCACCAUCAGUGAAGUAAGAUACAACUACCAGUACAUUGGGCCUCCGGACCCUCCCAGGGGCAGUCCUGGAUUUACAGAAACCGUCCCAGUUUCUGAUUUGAUCCCAGAAUGUCCUGCUUUUCCUUAAAGGUAAAGGGACCCCUGACCAUUAGAUCCAGUUGUGGCCAACUCUGGGGUUGUGGCGCUCAUCUCGCUUUAUUGGCCGAGGGAUCCGGCGUACGGCUUCCGGAUCAUGUGGCCAGCAUGACUAAGCCACUUCUGGUGAACCAGAGCAGCGCACGGAAACGCUGUUUACCUUCCCACUGGAGCGAUACCUAUUUAUCUACUUGCACUUUGACGUGCUUUCGAACUGCUAGGUUUGCAGGAGCAGGGACUGAGCAAAAGGAGUUCACCCCGUCGCGGGGAUUCGAACCGACAACCUUCUGAUCAGUAAGUCCUAGGCUCUGUGGUUUAACCCACAGUGCCACCCGCAUCCCGCUUCUACUUAGGACGUUCCUAUUUUCAUCGGAGAAAUGUCAGAGGGUAUGGAGUUAUCCGACCCUCUAGCCAAGGAGAUAAGUAACUAUGCAACCUUUAGAAGACAUAUAAAGGCAGCCAUGUAUGUGGAAGUUUGUGAAUGUUUAAUGUUUUAUUAUGUUUUUGUAUUUGUUUGAAACUGCCCAGAGUGGCUGGGACAACCUAAUCAGAUGGGUGUGAUAUAAAUAAUAAAACUAUUAUUGUUAUUAUGGAGUAGGGUGUCGCAAUCAGAGAAAUGUUGGAUGGUAUGCAAUUUAAGAACAUGAGACAUGGGCUGAAGACUGGCUAGAAUCAAGGAGAGCCUUGAAUGGAGAAACAAUAUUUUUAAAGUUUGAUGUUUUAUUAUGCUUUAAUAUGUGCUAGAAGUUGCUCAGAGUGGCUGGGGAAACCCAGCCAGAUGGGUGGAGAAUAAUAAUGAUGUGAUAACAAGGAGGCGUUGGAGGCUGGCCUGUUUGGGGAAAGGUGCAUUGCUCUUCCAACCUCAGUUUCCCUCACCUGCUUACAUACCACCAGUCUGUGUAGUGGCCCUGCCUGUCAUCUUCCUCCCCCUCAGCCUCCGUUUUAACUUUCUAAAAAACCCAGCAGGGAAGAAGAUAGGAGCAAAACUAGAAUUGGUUAGCUCUAGACAUCACCUUGCCAACAAAGGUCCUUGAAGUGAGAGCUGGACCAUAAAGAAGGCUGAUCAUCGAAGAAUGGAUGCUUUUGAAUUAUGGUGCUGGAGGAGACUCUUGAGAGUCCCAUGGACUGCAAGAAGAUCAAACCUAUCCAUUCUGAAGGAAAUCAGCCCUGAGUGCUCACUGGAAGGACAGAUCCUGAAGCUGAGACUCCAAUACUUUGGCCACCUCAUGAGAAGAGAAGACCCCCUGGAAAAGACCCUGAUGUUGGGAAAGAUGGAGGGCACAAGGAGAAGGGGACAACAGAGGACGAGAUGGUUGGACAGUGUUCUCGAAGCUACCAACUUGAGUUUGACCAAAUUGCGGGAGGCAGUGGAAGACAGGAGUGCCUGGCGUGCUCUGGUCCAUGGGGUCACAAAGAGUCGGACACGACUAAACAACUAAACAACAACAACAAAUCAUUGGUCUAGGGCCGUCUUAACCAUAGGAGUUAGGGGUGCGGGGCACCUGGGCACCAGGCUCUCAGGGUGCCAGGCCGAGAAUCCGGGGCCCAAGAGUUGGAGUCUGGGGAAGAGCCCGCUCAUUGGAGCACCGCAGCAGGCUCUUCUGCGAGUUUGGGGGCAAGCGAGCUAGCGAGGUGCUGAGGUGGCCGUCCGACCCUGUGUGCCUAGGAUUGGUGUAGGGUUGUGGAGAGGCCCGCCCAGAGUGUGCUGCCCACCCAACGAGGCGCCUGGUCUAGCACCACUGCCUCGCGUUCCUCUGUGCCCUGCUUCGCCCUGCUUUCAUGCCUCGACGGCUGACCCAGAAAGCCCCCCCCCCAAAAAAAGGUUGACAACUCUGGGCAACCUGGGGGGAGGUGCCGGGCUGUUUUUUGCGCUCCGGCGCCACAUAUGCUUUUAUUAUUGGUCCCUGACCUCCCUCACCAAUGCAUAGAAGCCACCACUGGGUGCAGUUGAAGAGGGUUCUGUUGAAAAAAACUAUAGAGGUAGAGCAGCAAGCCCUAGUCUCUGUCCCUUGGAAUCUUUUCCUACAAUUUCCAUUCUAUGUGUGAAGAUUGGGUGCAGUUUUGCAAAUAAAUAGUUGUUUGUUAUAAGUUGGUACUUAGUUGGCAGCUCUUUGCCCAGGCCUGGGGCAGUGAGGUGGAGGUUGAAGAUGAACUGAAUGUUUCCUCCAUUGCUGAAGUGCUGCUCUUGUUUUCUAAUUGUUUAUACUAUGGUUUCAAAGUCUGCUUUUAAUUAAAGUUAUAUGUUGUUUUAGUCUGCUGGAUAGAUUCUGUAACCUGCCCUGGAGACUGUAUGGCGAAGAGUGGGGCAUAGACCCUCCAACUGUCUCUAUUUUCCAGGGACAUCCCUGAUUUAGAGAAGCUGUCCUGGUUUCUGAUUUGAGCCCAGAAUGUCCCACUUUUCCUUGGGAUUUCCCUAUUUUCAUUGGAGAAAUGUUGGAGGGUAUGGAGUUAUCUGACUCCGGAGCUGUCUGAAGGCAAUCCUGUAUAGGGAUUUUUUUAUAGGUUUAAUGUUUUACUAUGUUUUUAUAUGCAGUGGUACCUCGGGUUACAUACGCUUCAGGUUACAUACGCUUCAGGUUACAUACGCUUCAGGUUACAGACUCUGCUAAACCAGAAAUAUUACCUCGGGUUAAGAACUUUGCUUCAGGAUGAGAACAGAAAUCGUGCAGCUGCGGCACAGUGGCAGCAGGAGGCCCCAUUAGCUAAAGUGGUGCUUCAGGUUAAGAACAGUUUCAGGUUAAGAACAGACCUCCAGAACGAAUUAAGUUCUUAACCCGAGGUAGCACUGUAUGUUGGAAGCUGCCCAGAGUGGCCGGGGGAACCCAGUAAGAUGUGUGGGGUAUAAAUAGUGAAAUUUUCAUUAUGGAAUGGGAUGGGAUGGGAUGUUGGGGGAAAAUGUUGGAGGGUAUGUAGCUAUUCAUAACAAACAAAAAUAAAUAAACUACAAUUCUUAGGAUUUACAUGAGAAAACUGAAAUUGGGGUGAAUUUGGAAGGGAUAGUAGGUGCAGGUCAAAAAAUAAAAAUAAAACGAGAACCCCUGCCAUGAAUGCAAAGUAUCUCCAUCUGUUAUCAUUCUCAUUCAUCUAAUUGACAAAUCUCAUGUUUCUUGAAGGCACACAGAAAAUUGCAGGUUAGGUCAGAAUGGCAGUUAAUGAGACGGCAUCCCAUCGUUUUCAGAUGGGCAGCCCAGCAGGUGGUUUUUAUUCUGAUUUUUAUUGCUAUUGUUUUUAUUUUUUCUUAAAAUGUGAGCUGCCUUCAGCUGCAGAAGAUGCUUUAAAUACUGAAAUUACAAUAAAUGAAUGUGUAAUCCCUGGUCGGGGACGCGGGUGGUGCUGUGGGUUAAACCACAGAGCCUAGGACCUGCCGAUCAGAAGGUCAGCGGUUCAAAUCCCCGCAACGGGGUGAGCUCCUGUUGCUCGGUCCCUGCUCCUGCCAACCUUGCAGUUCGAAAGCAUGUCAAAGUGCAAGUAGAUAAAUAGGUACCACUCCGGCGGGAAGGUAAAUGGUGUUUCCGUGCGCUGCUCUGGUUCGCCAGAAGCGGCUUAGUCAUGCUGGCCACAUGACCCGGAA